GCAAGCCUCGUGGGGGUGAGCGCCAGGCCCGCUGAGCCUCUGCAGAGCCGCCAGCCAUGCCCGGGAUCGUGGUGUUCCGGCGGCGCUGGUCUGUGGGCAGCGAUGACCUCGUCCUGCCUGCCAUCUUCCUCUUCCUCCUGCACACCACCUGGUUUGUGAUCCUGUCCGUGGUGCUCUUUGGCCUGGCCUACAACCCGCACGAGGCCUGCUCCCUGAACCUGGUGGACCACGGCCGUGGCUACCUGGGCAUUCUACUGAGCUGCAUGAUCGCCGAGAUGGCCAUCAUCUGGCUGAGCAUGCGUGGCGGCAUCCUCUACACCGAGCCCCGCGACUCCAUGCAGUAUGUGCUCUACGUGCGCCUGGGUAAGGGCCAUCCGUGGGGGCUGCUUUAUGCACCCCCCCCCAAUCCCGUCAGCCGGUGCUGACGGGGCACAUGCUGUGAACCAGGCCCUGGGCUGGCGCUGGGAGCAGCAUGACCCGAAUCUUUCUGGGCUCGCAUUCUAGACCAGGAGCCAGCAAACUGCAACCCGGGGGCCAGCCCAGGCUGUGUUUGCAAAUAA